UGGUAAAUUACAUUGUACAAUAACAUUAAAGAGAAAUCCCGACGUGUUCAAUAUUGAAUAUGUCUAAGUAUUUUAUAUAAUAAUUUAUAUAUGAAGCAACAUGAAAAAUAUAUUGUAUAAUAUAAGUUUUAUGGGACUACUCUUUAUCGGACUUGUUAAUGGUUUAAACAAAAGGUGUAUAAGAUGUAGAUCAAGAGGAGAACUUGGGUCAUGUGGAGACCCAUUUCCAACAAAUGUUACAGAAACAGAGACUCAGAUAGGGAUACACGUUGUUGCAUGCCCUUCUGGAUGGUGUGGGAAAAUGAUUGAGGGUACUACAGGGGCAUUUAGGACGGAUGAUUAUGGUGCAGCUACACAAAGAAUGUGUCUUCAGAGAUCUCCAAGUGAUGAUGAAGAAAGAUGUGCUUACACUAUGUGGAACCAUAGAAAAGUGUACAUGUGUUUCUGUAAUGGUGACCUUUGUAACUCCGCAGGCAAAGCAACUUCAUUCCAUUCCAUGCUUCUCAUAAGUAUUCUAGUUCUUAUAUACAAUGUUAGAGCUGCUAUGCAGUCUUUCUCCAUUUAGAUUCAGUAGAAUUGUUGUAAUGGCUCAAAAUAUGAUACUCUGUGAUAUUUUAUAUGUACUUAAUAUCAUUACUGAAUUUAUAUGUUGAAACUCAAUUUAAUUGUAUAUCUGUACAUUAUUUGGUAGUUGCAAAUGGAUUUUAACAAGUGGUUUUUAUGUGGUCUUUAAAACAGAUUUUGCUCUAUAAAUAUUUUCAACUAAACCCAAGACUGGUCAAAGAAAUAGUGGUCAAAACUGCUUUUUCAAAAUCAUUCUAUUUAAUUAUUGCUACUUGCAUAAUACUCAGGUCUUAUAAAGACACAAUUCAGACUUCAGAAUUGGUGCUAAGUAAGGCUACCAUUUGGCUUAAGAAGUAACAGUAUACACCACACUGAGUCACUCUGAAAACCAUAUACCACCAAACCCUAAGAGAAUAGGUAGGUAACCUUAUGAGCUAUGACAUAACUGCACCAUAUAGUAUUUGCCUGGAUGAGCUCUCUUAAAAGGGAUAAGGGUGUUUUCCUGAUUAUUUCAGUUAGUGUACUGGUAUUGUAAUGCAAAAAGUUUUAUGUAAAUAUUUAUAUUGCCAUAAAAACAGCUUAAUGUUCAAUUUAAGUUUCUGUGUUUGUUGAAUUCUCUCAUGACCAUUUAGAUAAUGUUGUAGAAAACUCAUUUAGAAGAAUCAAUACACUGGUAGCUAAUUAAAACUUUCAUAACUGUAAUUUUAAUUUUAUCUUCUAAUAUUUUAAUAAAACAACUUAGUUCUUGUCAUUAACUACUCGUUAAAUAGCUAUUUGUGAGAUCUGAAAUACUCCGUCCAUUUCUUGACAUAACUUUAAAAUAUUUUCUUAAGCAUUUUUUACUGUUAUAGAUAAAAUGUAAAUAGAUUAGGAGCAAUUUGAUGUGUUCAAG